AAAAAUGGCGCAGAGUCAGAUGGACCGAGAAACUUUCUCCUGUUCGAUCUGCCUGGAUCUACUGAAGGAUCCGGUGACGAUUCCCUGUGGACACAGCUACUGUAUGAACUGUAUUAAAAGCUUCUGGGAUGAAGGUGAGGAGAAGAAAAGCUACCACUGCCCUCAGUGCAGGGAGACAUUCACACAGAGGCCUGUUUUAAAGAAAAACAUCAUGUUAGCAGGUUUAGUGGAGCAGUUGAAGAAGACUGGACUCCAAGCUGCUCCUGCUGAUCACCGCUAUGCUGGACAUAAAGAUGUGGCCUGUGAUUUUUGUACUGGGAGGAAACUGAAAGCCAUCAAGUCCUGUUUAUUCUGUUUGGCCUCUUACUGUGAGAAACACCUUCAACCUCAUUAUAGUUCAGCUACAUUUAAGAAACACAAGCUGGUGGAGCCGUCCAAGAACCUCCAGAAGAACAUCUGCUCUAAGCAUGGUAAGGUGAUUGAUAUCUUCUGCCGCACUGAUCAGAAGUCUAUCUGUUACAUCUGCUCAGUUGAUAAACAUAAAGACCACGACACAGUGUCAGCUGCAACAGAAAGGACUAAGAGGAAGAGAGAGCUGAAGAAGAAACGACGAAACAUCCAGCAGAGAAUCCAGGACAGAGAGAAAGAUGUGAAGCUGCUUCAACAGGAGGUGGAGGCCAUCAAUCACUCUGCUGAUAAAACAGUGGAGGACAGUGAGAAGAUCUUCACCCAGCUGAUCCGUCUCCUCCAGAAAAGAAGCUCUGAUGUGAAGCAGCAGAUCAGAUCCCAGCAGGAAACUGAAGUGAGUCGAGUCAAAGAUGUUCAGGAGAAGCUGGAGCAGAAGAUCACUGAGCUGAAGAGAAAAGACGCUGAGCUGGAGCAGCUCUCACACACAGAGGAUCAUACCCAGUUUCUCCUCAACUACCCCUCACUGCCAGCACUCAGUGAGUCGACACACUCAUCCAGCAUCAACAUCCGUCCUCUGAGACACUUUGAGGACGUGACAGCAGCUGUGUCAGAGCUCAGAGAGAAACUACAGGACGUCCUGAGAGACUCAUGGACAAACAUCUCACUGAUGGUCACUGAGGUGGAUGUUCUACUGUCAGGACCAGAACCAAAGACCAGAGCUGGAUUCUUAAAAUAUUCACAUAAAAUCAAAUUGGAUAUAAACACAGCAAACACAUGGCUGGUUCUAUCAGAGAGGAAGAGAAAAGUGAGAAGGAUGGAUAAACAUCAGUUUUAUUCUAGUCAUCCAGACAGAUUCACUGGUUGUUGUCAGAUCCUCAGUAAAGAGAGUCUGACUGGACGUUGUUACUGGGAGGUGGAGUGGAGCGGGAGAGUUUAUGUUGCAGUUGCAUAUAAGAACAUCAGCAGAUCAGGAGAUGGGAAUGAAAGUGCAUUUGGAUAUAAUGACAAGUCUUGGGCUUUAUAUUGUUCUUCAAAUAGAUGUGAAUUUGGUCACAACAACAUCUGGACCUCCAUCUCAGCUCUUCGUUCCUCCAGAGUCGGAGUGUACCUGGACCACAGAGCAGGUAUUCUGUCCUUCUACAGAGUCUCUAAAUCCAUGACUCUGAUCCACAGAGUCCAGACCAGAUUCACUCGGCCGCUACAUGCUGGAGUUCGGAUUAGGUACCUUGGGGGUUCUGCAGAGUUCUGUAAACCCAAAUAGAUUUUAUUUCUUUUGAUUGUUGAUCAGGAUUCAUUAUUCUUCUCUGCUCUGUUCUUCUUUAUUUAAAUGUCGUUCUCUGAGUUCCAGAAACCAUAAAAGUUUUCACUGUUUUCUUUCAUUCUUAUGUGACAGGAAUAUUUCUCCACAUAAAAAUCUAACUUUCCCUGGGCUCUUGUAGUGUUGGUUGAAUAUUUGUAUUGAUGUGUUUGGAGGUUCUGGUUUCUCUUCCUCUGUUCUGGAGAACAAAUGUUAUUCUUGUUUAAAUCAGUUGAUAUUGAAAUUAACUGAACUUUCUUCUUUUUCCUUUACUGUGAUCCAAAGAAGAAAAUGAGUCUAACAUCAACUUACAACUGGUGGUAUUUUCUUUUAAAUUAUUUAGAUGUAGAUCAGAAAAAUAAAUGUCUACUUUUCUCUCCUUUGACUUUCUUCAUUAAAAUAGACUUGAUUACAG